AUGCUUUACGAACUUUUGGGUAUAGUAAGAGUUGUUAACCCUUUGAAAGCCAAUGCAGAAGCAAAGGAGCUUGCUACAACGAUCGGCAGACUAAUUAUCCAGAACAGAGGGGUCGUUAGAAGGAUCAUACCCGCGGGUAACAAACUUCUACCGAAGAUUAUGAAAAAAGACCAAGAACAGCACUUUCAAGGGUAUCACUUUUUGAUGCUUUUUGAUUCGUCAGCUGCUGUACAAUCCGAAAUUUUAAGAACACUUCAAAGGGACCCCAGAGUUAUUCGGUCUUCGAUUGUUAAAGUAGGCAUGGAAAAGCAGCUUGAUGUUGCAUCGUCCAUUGACAAAGCCGCAAGUUACAACUCGCUCCUGGAAAAACUGAAAAGUGAUGGUAUUAGCACAUUCAGAUAG